GAUAAAUAAGAUGGGACACAACGCCGCCGUGCAGACCCAAAUGGCCAACGAGUCCACCCACGACAUGAAGCUCCUGGUGCCCAACGGCGGCGCCACCAAGCAACCGCCGCCUCUGGUCGACAAGACCCUGUGCGGCGCCUGCGACAUCAUCAAGCUCCUGCCCACCGGCACGGUCACGGUCUUCCACGCCCUGGCGCCGACCUUCAGCAACCACGGCGCGUGCGGGGUGGCCAGCCGGUACCUCACCCUCGCGCUCGUCGGCGCCUGCGCCGCCUCCUGCGUGCUGCUCUCCUUCACCGACAGCCUCGUCGACCGCGACGGCCGGCUCUACUACGGCGUGGCCACGCCGCGGGGCUUCUACCCGUUCAACUUCGACGGCACGGGCGAAGAGAGGAGGCGCAGGUUCGGGGACCUGCCCCGGAUGAAGGUCAGGCCGCUGGACUUCAUGCACGCGGCCGUCUCCGCGGUCCUGUUCGUAGUCGUCGCGCUCGGGAACGCCGGCAUAAAGAGCUGCCUCUUCCCGAACAUCGGGCCGGACGUCAGGGAGGUGCUCAUGAACCUGCCGGUGGGGCUAGGGUUGCUGGCUAGCAUGGUGUUCAUGAUCUUUCCGACGACCAGGAAGAGCAUCGGGUACACAGACUUGAUGCCUCAUAAACAGGAAGACGACGGGAAAGGAAGCAAUAAUGCCCUAAGCACGGCGAUUGUAUGAUGAAACAGACAUUAUGAGGGUGGAACGGAAGCCGUGCUGAUUAUUAGCAGUUGGAGUGUACUCCCUCCACCCUAUAAUACAAGACAUCCUAAUAUUUUUACGA